AUGCGAAGUGCUCGAAGCGUGUCCGGUGAACCGGGUUGGAGUUUUAAUACGAUACUGGCGAUACAACAGACUCGCGGAGCACAGCCAAGUGAGUGGGCCCGGAGUCUAUUCUUCCAAGGCAUGGUGGAGGAAGGGGUGGCAAGAAAUCUGGAGCAUCUUUUUCGGGAUGUACAGGAUGUUGAAGAACGUUUCCAGAAGGAUGAACAAAUCCUUGUGUGGUUUGAAAGGCAAAUUAUUUCCGCUCCUGGCUCAACCGUUGGAGCAGCCAUGACUCGUGGUACGGUAGAGGAAUACGAGCAACUGAGUUUCUAUGGCUUCUCAAAUGUAGUUGAAUGGCUUCUUCCUAGGUUUUGGUCCGACCCUAAUGACUUGGGACGUGUGCGAACAGUGGUUGCGCGUUUGAGAGAAGCUUACAACACCGCCUUGCUGCUUGCUCGGUCUUGGUUUGCUCCUGUUGAACAGGGAUCGAGUAGCUCGUUUUUCGACCGUCCAUUGCCGAGUUCUGCUGCGGGCGUGGCUUACUGGGCCUAUUACCUGGACAGGAGGGAUAGUAUGUCACCAGAGCAAAGAUUGAGGCAUCUGUCUAUACUAGGGCGAUGGUACCCGGGUCAGGCCUUCAUGUACGUGUUAACGGAGCUCAAAGAAUAUUGUCAAACGUUCACUACGGAAGAGUACUACCAAAGUUUGUUCACCGGCGGAAUCGAGCGUUCACUCAACGAGAUCACGCGGGCGGCGGAACUGUGGCUUACUUAUGACCAACGAGAGCGCGCCCCGAACCGCCCCCCGGACCGCAUGGUCGAGUUCAUGAGGUCGAACGUGGAAGACUUUGUGCGUCCAUUGCAUCAACUGGACGUUUCCUUGAUGACGAAGGUUUAUAGCGAGCCCCGACUGGAAAAGUGGAUCCAUUUGACGGCAAGCUUAGUAGCCGAGGAUUACUAUCGCCAAGUCAUGGGAUCCUAUCGCGACUACCAAUACCUUUUGGCACCUGCUUAUUUCCCGAACUUGAUGUCAAGGCAAAUGCCUCUGCACGAGGAGAUCCACUUCCCAGCGGGAGGGAUUACGGAGUUCGCCCUCAACCGCGUUGAGGAGCACGCUCUCCGUCAGGUAAUGGGGCUGGAGGAACGGCUCGUGCGUCGCUUGUUACACCUACUCCUCGACAAGCACGCCGUCGCCACCGGUCUCCCGCACAACGCCGUUCUCCGAGCAUUUCUUCGAGACCCGAAUUUCACCUUCUCGAUCUCGGAAGAAAUGUUCCGCCAACUAUACGAUCAGGCUCUGAUCGAAACAGUAACGCAAGUGGCCACCGAGCACGGGUAUGACUGCGCUUGGCGUUGCGCCUGUGCGGCAAUCACCCUGGUAUACGGCGUGUCUCUCGUUUGCGACGCACCUCUGUUUGCCUUCCCGGAAGCGCCGCCUGAGGCGUCUGCUUUGCCUGAAGCCGGCGGGGCCCGUUCGGUGAACGCUUCUCUCGGUUUUUAUUCAAGAUCUUUAACCGUUCUCGGCGGUAGGGAACGAGGGGCCCAGAGACCCUCCAAUUCCCAGGGAGCAGCGGAUAUCAGCAGCGAGGGACUUCCAGGACACAACACGACUUCCAGGUAA